UCUUGACAACUAUUAAUGGUUUCUUCUACUUCAUAUCUACUUAACAAUCACACAAAAAUGUCUCUGCUGAAUCCAAGGUUUCUAAUCAUAAGCUUGAUUUUUCUACUGAGCAUCACCGUAUUCAGAGAAGCUGAAGCAUCAUAUAGAGUUUACAAAGCCAAAGUAGUCAAUGAAUUCCCUCACGACCCCCAAGCCUACACUCAGGGGCUUCUCUAUGCAGAAAAUAAUACACUCUUUGAAUCAACUGGACUUUACGGACGUUCAUCUGUUCGAAAAGUUGCAUUGCUGGACGGUAAGGUUGAGAGACUUCAUGAAAUGGAGUCUUCUUACUUUGGAGAGGGUCUAACUCUUCUUGGUGAGAGGUUGUUCCAACUAACAUGGUUGCUGGAUACCGGUUUCAUCUAUGAUCGAUACAACUUCAGCAAAUUCAAAAAGUUUACUCAUCACAUGCAAGAUGGUUGGGGAUUGGCAACUGAUGGGAAAGUACUUUUUGGAAGUGAUGGAACAUCAACAUUAUAUAAGAUUGACCCUAAGACAAUGAAAGUCAUCAGAAAACAAGUUGUAAAGUCUCAAGGGCAUGAAGUGCACUACCUCAAUGAGCUGGAGUAUGUGAAAGAUGAAGUCUGGGCGAAUGUUUAUGUGACUGAUUGCAUUGCUAGAAUUUCACCAAAAGAUGGCACUGUGAUCGGGUGGAUUCUCCUUCAACCUCUAAGAGAAGACUUAAUAUCAAGAGGAUAUAAGGACUUCGAGGUCCUGAAUGGAAUCGCAUGGGACAGAGAUGGUGACCGUAUUUUUGUGACAGGGAAACUAUGGCCAAAGCUCUUUGAGAUCAAGUUGCUCCCCCUCACACCGAAUGAUCCAUUGGCUGGAGAAAUCAAUAACUUGUGCAUCCCGAAAACCCGUUCUAUCUUGGAAAUUUAGAGAGCUGAUUAUGUUUAUCGUUUCUCAUGUAAACAUCCAUUUAUUGAUCAAUUCUUCCUAUAUGUUACGUCUAUUGCUAUGUAUAACAUAAGCUACUCAUGCACGCUGCAACACAACAAAAAAUGGAAUAAGGCAGUGCAAGUCUGUAAUAAAUUGUAGCAUUUUCGGGUAAAAAUAUCAAUAGGCAAAAACAGUCUGAAAUGGGGACUAAUAGAAGCACAGA